UACAGGUCGAGGUGUAUUUGCAAGUAGAGAUAUCCCUGCCCACACAGUACUCGAAGUGUCACCAGUAUUGGUCUUGGACCCGAUUCAGAAUGCGGAUCAUGUCUGUAAGACAGAGCUCUACAAUUAUACCUACAAUUGGCCGUACACUCCGUCCGAUAAGGUCCAAUCCCACGACUCGCCCAAAUUACCAACCACAACGCAGGCCGUCGUGUUUGGCCUCGGAAGCAUGUUCAACCACUCCAAUCUCCGGCAAAAUGUAGGCUGGGAACGCGAUUUCAAGAAUCGUCUGAUCACAUACACGGCAUUACGGGAAAUCAAAGCAGGAGAGGAGCUGUGCAUUUCGUAUGGACCACGUCUCACGUUCAAGGACACAGAGGAAGCGGAAGCAGAACGGGACUCUGAUGAAUGGUCGGACUUUCAAAAAAUAAUCGACUUGAUUGACUGA